CUUUUCUUUCAGGGAGAGCAGAGAGCUGAUAUCUCUGGCGGUUUGCCGCAUGAAAGUCGCCCAGGCGAGGCAGAAUAUCAUCUGUCUGAUCCGGACUUCUUCUCCUCAGUUGCCGACCACUGCACGAGCAGACACAACAUCACUGUUCAACGGGAUAUAACGGCAUUUACCCGCUGACCGACUGACAGGAGAGUCUGAACCCCGGCUUCAUUCCUGCAGUGGGGGGAAUAUUUCUUACUCAGAUGUAACAAAAAAAAAAAAAAAAGACGUACCGGAUCUUCAAGUGCGCAAAAGCCGCAGCUGGUAACAUAUUACACGGCUAAUUUUAUUCUGUACAUUAUUCCCUCCGUCCCCAGCACGGACACACCAGGGACCGAAGGUGGGGAGGACGUUCACGGUAUGGAGUCCUGAUUUUACCAAGCGACUCACCGGGAGGAAUGAAACUGAAAAAAUCCGUCGCCGUGAAGGAAUAUUAAUAACCUACUGCUAACAAUAAACCAGGGGAUGUUGCAGCAGAGUUUGAGACUCUAGAGAGCCUUACAACUUUUUUUUAUUGCUCUCCGUUUUGAAUCUCUUACCCUGUCCUCUUCUUCGCCUGUGGGACUUAAAUUUUCGUAACUGAUUUGCAGUACUUCACUUCUCUAUCAUGGACCGGUCGACGUCUUUGGAUAUAGAAGCGCUCAAGAUGACCCAGGAGCAGUAUAUCCUUGCGGCGCAGUCCAACCCACUGCACCAACGGGGGGCAUCGGUGUGUGGCGCCCAGGUUUACCCAGCAGUGGGAAUCUACGGCUGGAGGAAGAGAUGCUUGUACUUCUUCAUCCUACUCCUCCUCGUCACCAUGAUUGUCAACUUGGCGCUGACCAUCUGGAUCCUCAAAGUCAUGAACUUCACACCGGAUGGUAUGGGGAACCUGCGGGUGACCAAGGAAGGUGUCAGAUUGGAGGGAGUGUCCGAAUUCCUAUUGCCUUUAUAUGUCAAAGAGAUCCAGUCUCGUAGGGACAGUCCUUUGAUCCUCCAGUCAGAUAGGAAUGUGACGGUCAAUGCUAGGAAUGAUCAGGGACAACUGACCGGUCAGCUAACCGUGGGUUCAGAAAUGGUAGAGGCUCAGUGUCAGAGGUUUGAGGUGAGGAGUACAGAUGGAGAAAGAGUUCUGUUCUCAGCAGAUGAAGAAGAGAUCAGCAUCGGCACUGAGAAACUUAGAGUCACAGGGAAUGAAGGCGUAGUGUUCAGCCAUUCAGUAGAGACAUCACAUGUGAGGGCAGAACCCUUCCAGGACCUAAAGCUGGAAUCCCCAACUCGGACCCUGACCCUGGAGGCCCCCAGAGGGGUGGAGAUCAAUGCUGGUGUGGGAGACUUUACAGCGUCCUGUAGGAAAGACCUCCUCUUGCAGUCCUCGGAAGGAGAGAUCUUUCUAGAUGCCAAUACCAUCAGGCUGGGCAACAUUCCCCUUGGCAGCGCUGUGGACCCCCUGGAGGGAGCACCACCAGGUACCACCUACACCAAACAGACUGUGUAUGAGCUUUGUGCCUGCGCUAAUGGCAAACUCUACCUGUCCCCGGCUGAGAAAGGCUCUACUUGCCAAACUACCAGUAACUUUUGUCUCUGGAGCUGAAAGUGGGACGCUGACAGACACCUAGGACUUCUGGACUAUUAAAGUUCAAAGCUAAUGCUAGCCAACAGACUGAAUCAAUGCAGAUUAUGGCUUGAUGGGAAGCUAAUGCCAGUUAACGGACCGAAUCAACAUUGAUGGUAGCAUGGCAAGAAGUUCAUGUCUGAUAACCAAUCAAAUUAUAUGGAUUGCAGCUUGACUGGAAGCUAAUGCUUGUCAACAGACCAAAUGAACAUGGACUGUGGCUUGUUGUGAAGCUCUUGCCAGCUAAAGGAAUGACUCAACAUGGACUAGAGCUUGGUGAGAAGCUAUUACCAGCUCACCGACCAAACUAAUAUGGAUUGGUCAGAAGCUAAAGCCAGUCAGGAUGACUUGACUGAAAGCAAGAGACAACAAGAUCAGCUUGUGGGUAUGAUGCUAUGACCGCCCCCGAACAUGGAAGGACCAUCUCACCCUGAGCCUCUCGUAUGUCAUUGUUGUAUUGCUGCCUUGAUGAAAAACACAAGGAUUAUGGGGGUUUCAUGAGAACAGCAAAUAAUCUUACAAUGGAAGUGAGUGAUGUGUUUGCUGUAUGACCAAAAUGUCCUGGAAAGCAAGCUCCUGCUCUUUUAGGAUAGAAUGAUAUAUGGUGAUGAACUACAAACUCUCUGGCAGGGACAUGGAUGAGGACUUUGGGCUGACCUCUCAGCUGGCUAACAGAUAUCAGUGUGAACCUUGGUUUAGCCCUUUGGGUAACUAACAUGUAAUACAGACAAUGGUUUAUUGUAGUUGGAAGCUACGGCUAGCUAAUGGACCAAUCUAUACCAGAAAGGCCUUCCCCCUUCUGCCCCUCUAGUCUUUCAACCCAAACGUCGACAUGUGUAACUCUCACAUUAAUCUACACCUGAUAGUGAAUAUGCUCUCUGACCCCACUUUUCAUCAGAUAACUAAUGCAAAUAAGUGUGCUUCAAACUUGCAUUCCCCAACUUUUUCCCCAUAUAUGUUUCAAUUUUCACAUCUACUUUUCUUUUCUUUUAGUUCUAUUUUCUUCAGGUCAAAAUCCUUACCUGUUAUGUUGUGGUAUCAUGUUCUUUUUCCCUUCAACAUCUCUGUAAUCCCUUAUCUUUCUAUAUUUUGCUGCUGCUCUUCUUUAUCUUUUCUCUAUGCUUAUUAUUAUUUUGGUCUGUCUAUGCAUCUACUUGCACUGGACAGGUAAAGAAAACGAUUUUCUGCCUAUAAACUUUCUUCCACGGAUCAAGUUGAGAAAACAACAAAAAACAUUGUUUUAUCUGCUUUUUUCCACUGGACUGGUUUAUAACUGAUUUUCACAAAUUGUCACAGCUGUAACAGAUGCUGUUCCCACAUCUUUUAGUUUCAGUCUCACUGGAAUAUUUCUAUCUGGACAUGUGAUGCUUUUCUGUCCGAGACAGAAAGCAAAUUUAAUAGGAAAAAGAAGAAUAAAGUGAGUUAUGUCUUACAUUAAAUUAAGGCUCAGGUGAGUACUGUAGCAGACUGACCAUUUUAUGGUAUGGGGCCAGACCUCCAGUCAGGAAGAGACAGCAUUCAGGCACUGGCCAGACCAACUUUAGUCUUGUUAUGGAGUAUUAUAAAUCUUCAUCAUGUGUCUCUUGUCUGUCAGACUUUGUUCACUCAUUUUGCAUGACUUUUCUGCCCCCCUUUCCAAGCCAUUGUUCUUCUCAGUCAUGUCUGUUUUGUGUGUCAUCCAGAGACAUUUCUACUCCUUACACAACGUCUCUUUUUUCCUCCUUCUUUACGACAGGAUUUUUGCCUCUCAUUAUUCCUUGCUCUGCCUCCUCACUGCUUGCUAUUUUUUUUCUCCACCAGUUAAAUCUGUCUAUUUCAUACUUCAUCCUCAUGCUAUGCCCCCUUUCAAAAGUUCUGCACCCUAAACAAGAGAAGAAGGUCCAAAAUAUUAAUUUGGGGUUUAUUUUUUAUAUAUUCAAUCAGCCUCAGAGGGGGGGGAUCAGUGUGAAUGGCCUCAAGCUUGCUAACCUAGCACCCAACCUCUGUGACGGCUUGGCGGAAAUUAUGGAUGUGGAUGGACUCAACUAGAUUAAGGCCCUGAGGCGUACUUUCUUUCUUGUUUUUUUAAACAAAGUGAUACACAGGUGCCUUUGCUGCUGUUGGUAAAAGCACAUCACAGUCUGAACGUUCACACUACCCUCAGUGGACCAUCUGCAAGUGUCUCUUGCAGAAAAUCUAUGUAUUUAUCAAUCUACCUAUCUAUCUAUUUAGUUUCCUGUGUUUUUCCUCCCUUUCUCUCCUGGUUUUGUAGAACUCUCAAUAUAUCCAGCUGAAAAAAAGAACAAUUAAAUCAUGGUUUAAAGUUUAAUUUUCUGAUGUGUUCCCUUAUGGUUUUAUUCUUGAUAAUAAAAAAAGCACAAAUUAUGCCAUGUAUAUAACAAUACCUAUAAAAUACAAAAUAAAAUAAUAUUCUUUUUAACGAGAAUCUCUGGGGUCUUCAGUGUUGUGAAAUUUCUUUCUUCUUCGUUAUGCUUCUUUAUGCUGCUUCUGUUGCCCUGAUGAUUAAAACCUAAAUAACUUCACAUGUUUCUUACAACUCCACACAUAUGAUUUCAUUUCACUUAAAUAUUU